AGCUCUUUGAAUGUAGGAUGUAAGGUCAGGAACUAUGUUUUAGCCAUUUGCUCACUUAAGUAUAAAAGAUAAAAAAGCAGCUAUAAGAAUGCAUUUCAUUUGAAAGCCUUUGGACAAAAGUGUAGUAGUGAGUAGAUUUGUGCGAGCACUGAAUUGAAACCCAUCAAUUUUUAGUUUUUAUGCAAAUCCUAAAUGUCUGUACUCACCACAAAACUAAAUACAUAAGUCAAACCAUAGUGACAUUAUCUGCUAAAAUGCACAGAUGCUAUAUUUGUUUCUGAAUGUUUUGUCGACAGUGACAGUGUAUUCUGCUGUACUUUGCAUGAUUUUGAAACCCUUGUAUCGACACAUCUUGCAGUGUUAUGUGGUUUGUAUUUUCAUGUGGUUAACUUUAUAAUCUAUAUGCAUCACACAUAUCUUGAAUCAUGUGAAUUAGUUAGCACGUUUAUACAUUCGAAUUUAAGACAUUAAGACAAAAUUACCUUUAUUUACAUGCUACGAAUCCCAAUUCAUAUUUGUGUCUUCUGAAAAUUGACCUCCACAGAACGCAGCAAAUUGAUGUGUUGUCAUAAUAUAAGUGACAGAGUAUUCUUUGUGGUUGGAUACAACAUUUACUACUUGUACCGAACCUCCACGUCACUCUCUUUUUCUCUCACUGUCUCUUUCUCUUAGACACGCACAAACACUCAUACGCACACGUUUUCUUGCAUGUGCCACUUAUCUUUGAGGAAACGUCAGGAAAGAGAGCAUCGUGACAGGUUCCUGUAAAAACCAACUCUUUCAUGAUAUGGUUGUGUUUGCUGUGUCACGCGUAGAGGACAUCAUGCAACGCGGGCGAACGUUCAUUAGACUUUAUUUGUUAAUACAUUUGGCCCUUUUCAUGUUUAAAACAUGUUGCACUGCCUUGCACGCACCAAGGUAGUGACACAGACGGAUAUAUUUACGGAUUACAAAGAUAAUCACUUUAACAGCCACCUAAGCGAGAAAGGGUGAAGAGAUAUCAAAAUAUACAGUAUGUUGUGAUAAGAUGAUUUAAUGAGCUUUAAACAGGUAUUUUAAGGAUACACUUUGGGUAUUCUUGACUUUUGAGUUGCUGAAAAGUGGCCUUGUGCACAGUAAAAAGUGCAUUUUUUUAGUUUUGUGACCAGUUUCAUAACAGAGUCAAAUGAAUUGACAUAGUUUAUAGAAUUUCACAACUUAUAAACACUCAAGCAACUGAGAAAAUGAGUGUUAGAAAGUGAGAAAAGUUGUUGUGCUGUGCAGAAACAGAAAGAAAAAAAGUGAGUAUUGUACAUAGUUGUAAAUGUAAAUGAAGUGGUGAGUUACCAGCACACAUCACAGGUGAAACAUACAUCUUUAAAUGUGCGAAUGAUACAUUUGAGAGAAUGAGAUAGAUAAUGUCAGGUUGGAGUGCUGCAGGGCUCUGGGUUUCUUCUCCCUUCAUGUUGCAGUUCAACAGUGAUGCAACUUCCCUAUCGGUCCGUCUGUGUCAGACACCGUGCGUUAACUCCCCUCAAAAAAGACACACAAAUAAAUCUCCUUCUGGUGGCCAUGAUACAGUGAAGCGUUUCAGUCGACUGGCUCCACUCGAUCAGAGAGAAAGAGAGAAGGGAUGCUACAUCGGUGUGUUGAUGAUCCCCUAUCAGAGUAUGCUGACCUCUAUACUCAACAUAGUGAUGUGAGAAAACACAAGGCGGCGAAGAAUGAGGAAUGAGUAAACAAUGUUUCACAGAAUGGGGAACACUGCUGUUGGUUUAUGACAGCACGAACAAAACUGAUAAGUAUUGUCAUUCUAGUGUGAAGAAAUGUCAUACUCACACACACACACACACACACACACAGAAGUGACAGAAGCUUCUGGUGGUGUUAAAGUUACAGUUCAGAUGAUAGAAGGAAGUGCUCACAAGCUGAAAAUAGGCUGAGCUGAAGUGCAAACACAUCUGACAGAGACAAUUAGUAGUUCAGCUGUGUACCAAAGGGUGAGUUUGAGCAUCUGAUCCACGAUUUACCUUGCAAUAAUGCACUAUGACUCUCUACCAUUAGUGCACUGCGUACUUUUCUAGUAUUUUAGAAUUAUAUGUGUUUUUGGCAGUGUUUGUUAGAUGAAAAAACAACCGAUCAUAUUGGGAGGAGUAGACAAGGGAUUUUGGUGGAAAUUCUUAUCUAAAAUCUCCUCACGCAAUUUGAUGUUGACCAAGAUACAGUAGCCGAGGGAACCACAUGUGACACAUGGGGGACUUUUGUAAUUGAAAAGGAUGUCUCUGGCAGGAAAAGCAGGGCUUAUGCAAACUACAGCUAAUCACACGCUGAUAUGCGCUCGCAUUCAUGCUGCUCGUCUCUUCAUCUCCUUCCACAUAAGUGCCAUUGCUCAGACACAAUGACUUCUAUUAUGACUAUUGACUUCAAUUCUGUUCAAAGUCAUUGAAAACACUGAAGUGUAAGUGCAACAUAACCCAGAAGGCUGACUUAUAGUGCUAAGCUAAGCUAUUGCGGGAGUCAGUCACAGCUCUCAGAAAAGCCACUACUGCCUGAAUCGAUGAGCGAAUGUGCCGUUCAGCGUUGCUCUGCCACAAAGGAAACAGUUGGGUGUUUUGCUGCUGUUAUGCUUUACAUUAUUCCCUAUUCUCUGUUCCCAUGUAGAUUAAUGCUGACUGAAUCAUGUCAGACAAUAUACUGGAAGAAAUCUUCAUUAAACGAUCGCAGCAGAAGAAGAAGACCUCCCCUUUGAACUACAAGGAGAGAUGGUUUGUUCUCACCCAGGAAAAAAUAGCCUACUAUGAUUUUGAUUCUGACAAAGGGAAGCGAAAAGGUUUCAAAGGAUCAGUUGACCUCGAGAAGAUCAAAUGUGUGGAGACAGUCCAGCCGGAGCCCAAUUCUCCGCAAGAGCGCAUGUAUGCUUUCCAGAUCGUUUACGACGAGGGGCCGCUGUACAUCUUUGCAAAGACCGAAGAUGCCCGGGCUCAGUGGAUAAAGAAGCUGAAAGAAAUGGUGCGCUUCAACAAGGAUCUCAUGCAGAAGUACCAUCCUUGUUUCUGGGCGGAUGGGGUGUGGCUGUGCUGCCAGCAGGAAGUUAAACAGGCUAUGGGUUGCAAGGUGCUGGAUAGUAAGAACGGCUUUACAUCCAAACCAUCUCGGCGAAGGGGAUCCAGGAAACCCCUUCCUCCCACCCCAACAGAGGAGAAGUCUGUUCGGCCUUUACCUCCACAGCCCCCUGAGGCACCUUCACCCUCCGUGGGCAUGACUGUCAUAGCAGAGUAUGAUUACACAUCCAUGACACCCCUAGAUUUGGAGCUGAGGAAGGAUGAAGAGUACACCAUCCUGGAGAUGUCUGAUCAGAACUGGUGGAAAGCCAGAGACAAAUCUGGAAAGGAAGGAUAUAUACCUUGUAAUUAUGUUGUGGAAGCCACAAAUGGGCUAGAAAAAUUUGACUGGUAUUCCAAGAACAUGAACCGUAGCCAGUCAGAACAGCUGUUAAAGACUGAGAAUAAAGACGGAGGCUUCCUGAUACGGGACUCCAGCAAGGCCGGGAAAUACACCGUGUCUUUGUUCAGUAGGGUUGGCGGGGAAACUGGUGGAAGCUGCAAACAUUAUAACAUCUGUACCACAACACAGGGACAGUUUUACCUGGCAGAGAAGCAUAAUUUCGGCACCAUCCCAGAACUCAUAAACUACCAUCAGCACAAUGCAGCAGGUAUGGUUAGCAGGCUGAAAUACAUCGUAUCGAACCGGGCACGGCCUCCAUCAACAGUAGGGCUUGGCUAUGGUGUGUGGGAGAUUGACCCCCGUCUCCUCACCUUCAUCAAGGAGCUGGGCAGUGGUCAGUUUGGCGUGGUGAAGUAUGGAAAGUGGCAGGGCCAGCAUGACGUUGCCAUUAAGAUGAUUAAAGAGGGAUCCAUGUCUGAAGACGAUUUCAUAGAAGAAGCCAAAAUCAUGAUGAAGCUUCGCCAUGAAAACCUGGUCCAGCUGUACGGCGUGUGCACCAAACAGAGACCCAUUUAUAUAGUGACUGAGUACCUUUCCAAUGGCUGCCUGCUGACGUACCUCAGGGAAGGCCUGACGCAGCACCCAACGACUGUCCAGCUCCUGGAGAUGUGUAAAGACGUCUCCGAGGGCAUGGCCUAUCUUGAGUCACAGCAGUACAUCCACAGAGACCUGGCUGCCAGGAACUGUUUAGUAGAUGGGAAUGGCUCCGUCAAAGUGACUGACUUCGGACUUUCAAGGUAUGUCUUAGAUGAUGAGUACACAAGCUCAGCAGGUUCCAAGUUUCCUGUUCGCUGGUCACCUCCUGAGGUCCUCCUCUACUGCAAAUUCAGCAGCAAGUCAGACAUAUGGGCAUAUGGGGUUCUUCUGUGGGAGGUGUACACUUUGGGACGGCUUCCGUAUGAGCGCCUUAACAACACGGAAAUAGUGGAUCAGGUGUCCCGGGGCCUGCGCCUCUACCGCCCCCAGCUGGCCAAUGAAAAGGUCUACAGCAUCAUGACAAGCUGCUGGCUGGAAAAAGCAGAUGAGAGACCCACCUUUCAGGAGCUGGCGCUGACUGUUCAGGAUUCGCUGUACGAGCUCCAGUAGAUCUCAAAAUAAUCUCAACACACACUGAGACUUCUCUCUGGUACCCACAGAGCAGCAUCUCCAUCCGUCCCUGGAAAGUCAACGCAGCAACUUGAACAUGGGGCUGCGCAGCCACACUGCUGUCCUCUGUAAUGUGAAUAUACGUAAUAUGAAUGCCACUGUAACUCGUCGAUUAGAAUAGCCUUCCUAUUACAUUACUAGAAGUAUAGUCCUGCAGGGUAGCAUUUGAAAUGUGUAUAUUUUAUUGACGGUUAUCUUUAUUGAAUCCUGUGUAUUGUAUUCUGUGGAAUCAUUGUUAAAUGUAAACACCUUUGCUUGUGGAAACAAAAGCGUUGUGAGAACAUAUCUAUUGCACAAAUAAAAGCCAAGUAUGCCAGGCUUUGAAAUGACUGAAACAUCCUGUGAAAUGAACAUAAC